AUGGAAUCGGCCAUGGGGGCGUUGGCCACCCUCCUCCCAAAGCUGGGCAAGCUGCUACUCGAGGAGUACAACCUGAAGAAAACUGUCAAGAAGGGGAUAGGGGAUCUCAAAGCAGAGCUUGAGACCAUGCAGACUGCUCUUGAGAAGGUUUCCGAUGUGCCACUGGACCAGCUUGACUCACAGGUCAAACUGUGGGCUAACGAAGUCAGGGAUCUGUCUUAUGUCAUCGAAGAUAGCCUUGACUCCUUCAUCGGACGCGUCGAGGGGCUUGAGCUAGCGAAAAAGCCCAACCCUCUAAAGGACUUCGUCAAGAAGGCCUAUGACAAGAUCACCAGGUUCAAGGCUCGCAACAAAUUUGUCAAUGGCAUGGAAGACAUCGAGACUCAAAUUAGGAAGGUUAAUGAACGGUUUGCAAGGUACAAAAUCAGCGAUGUUGUUGCUAAUCCUGUGACAAGUACAGUCGAUCCUCGUCAUUUUGCAAUGUAUAGCAAGGUAUCUGCCCUUGUUGGCAUUGACAAAGCAAUUGAGGAGCUGACGAAGAGAUUGUGCAAGGCCGAUGAUCUCCAUAAGAAAAAUCUCAAGACAGUCUCUGGCGUUGGGAUCGGAGGAUUGGGCAAGACAACUGUAGCAAAAGCAUUGUAUGACAAGCUUAACAAGAAAUUUGAUUGUGGGUGUUUUGUUCCAGAUUGUCAGAAUCCUGACAUGAAGAAACUUCUCAAGGAUAUCCUCUAUGAUCUUGACAAGAAAAAGUACAUAAACAUCAUUGGCUCAAAAAUGGAUGAAAAGCAACUCACCGAUGAGAUGCUAGAAUUCCUCAAGGAAAAGAGCCUUCUUCCCAAAAUGAAAGUACCAGCAGUGCUGUUCCUCUGGACAUGUCAAAAGAAAAAACUGAAGAGAAGAAAAGACCCUCAAUUGGAGUAA